CUCCUUUCUUCUCUCCCGGAGGGAGGAGGCGCAGUCUGGCUGGCUGGCGAGCGCCUCUCCGCUUCUGCCGCCGCGCCUUCCGGACCAGCCGCCGUCGGGAAAGGCAGCGACGCCGCAGGCCGCGGGAGCCCCCCUCAAGGACCGGCUGCCGCUUCUCCUCCUCCGCCGCCUCCGCCCUCCCCUCCCUUCCUCCGGCUGGGCCAGGCCUGCCCUCGGCAGGUUCUUCCUCUGCUUGUGUGAAAUACCUGCAGUCCAAAUAUGGCAGCAAAUAAGCCCAAAAGUCAAAAUUCUUUGGCUCUGCACAAAGUCAUCAUGGUAGGCAGUGGAGGUGUAGGAAAAUCUGCGUUAACUCUGCAGUUCAUGUAUGAUGAGUUUGUGGAAGACUAUGAACCCACCAAGGCAGACAGCUACAGGAAAAAAGUAGUCCUUGAUGGAGAAGAAGUCCAAAUAGAUAUAUUGGAUACAGCAGGACAGGAAGAUUAUGCUGCAAUUAGAGACAACUACUUCCGAAGUGGAGAGGGUUUUCUCUGUGUGUUCUCAAUUACAGAGCUUGAAUCUUUUGCAGCUACAGCUGACUUCAGAGAGCAGAUUUUAAGAGUAAAAGAAGAUGAGAAUGUUCCAUUUUUGCUAGUUGGUAACAAAUCAGAUUUGGAAGAUAAAAGGCAGGUUUCUGUAGAAGAAGCAAAAAACAGAGCUGAUCAGUGGAAUGUUAACUAUGUGGAAACAUCAGCUAAAACACGGGCUAAUGUUGACAAGGUAUUCUUUGACUUGAUGCGAGAAAUUAGAGCAAGAAAGAUGGAAGACAGCAAAGAGAAGAAUGGGAAAAAGAAAAGAAAAAGUCUAGCCAAGAGGAUCAGAGAAAGAUGUUGCAUUUUAUAAUCAAAGCUCCAAACUCUUUUCAUAUUUUGACCAUUAUAAUAAAAUCCAUAACCAAUAAGCAUGCCAUUUGAAGGCUCCAAUGACUGAAAUUACUUUUAACAGUUUGGGAAUUGUAGGGUACCACUUAAAGCAUGAAUUGGGACAGUACUGAAAGUAUUUCACUGAAAGUUUUUAAUGCGGUUUCAAGAGAAGCAGAAUUCAGCCCAUUUCAUAAUUUACUGCCUCUUUUCAUGGUUCUUCUGAAUGUAAAAUAUUUUCCAUGGGCAGUCUGUCCUGAACUGUAAACAAAACAUUACUUUCUAUGGCUUCUCCUAAAGUGUACACUUUUAUAUCACCAAAUCUUCACUUUUGUCUUCUACUGCCUUGAAAACUACUGUGGUGGUCAAAACUAAGCAAAGGUAGUGUGACUUUUUUUGUUGUUAUAAGAUUAUGCAAAUUAGAGAAGAGAAUGGCUCAAUUCUCUGAUGCUUCUAUUGGGAGUCCUUUAUACAUGGAAUUAGCUUAGAAAAUGGUAUAUGGACUCAUAUGAGGAUAUCUGAAUAUGCCUUAUUUAAAAAAAACUAAAUUUUUUAGCAUAGUCACGGAUAUAACUUCAUCGAGGUGUCAGCAUCACUAUGAAAUUAUAUCCUUAUGAUAGAGUGCAGUUUGUGAGUAAUCUUGCAAACGAGUUGUUUGCUAGCAGUGUCUCUGAUCAGAAAAGUGUGCCAUACUCUGGAUCUUGAAAGCAAUCCAGAGCAUACUGUUACUUGUGAUUUAGUGAAAGAGCUCAGACUGAAAGGGCCGACAUAUCCACGUACGUCUGACAUUUAGAUUUAAAUGUGAAGAGGGUGCAGCACACUUCAGUCUGAACUGAACAUGUCGUCUUAAUAUGCAGACAUUUGGAAACUGGCAAUUACUUAAUGCCUAGAAACUUGGAACGGCUAUUUCCCUAGUGCUGGAGAUGCAAUGUGAAUUUUCAGUCUUCUUGAAUGAGAUCAUCUUAGCGAUAUCUGGAAAAUGCUGACAACCUCAGUUUCCCUUCCUUACGAUCCUCAUUCUAAGCCUUUGAGAACGUGGUGUAGUGAUGCUAAAGUUGUUGUAAUGUUAUCUGUUCAUUUCUUAAUGGGAAAAGCAUUUUGACUACUUCUUGCUAGUUAAUAUUGAACAAUCACCCUACUUUCUUGCACAGGAAGAUUUACAGUGUGCUUCCAAAAUCCCUCUUCCAUACAUUGAAAACAUGUUGUCAUCAAAAUUCUAACGUAUUUGAAAAUACUAGCACAAUGUUAGUAUGUGGAAUUGAAUUAAAGAUGUUAGUUUCUUUUUGAGGCUUUGAAGCCUUUUUGGAGGAAAGUUAGAUCAGUUCCAAAAAUUUACCUUUUAUAUACCUGUGUAAACUCAAACUGACAGUUGGAAGUAUGUCUGAGUAAACUAGACAACACGUGUAUUUAACAUGCUAACAUGUAGACAUUAGGAACAUGGCUCUCUAGAAAACAUUCUUGUUAAUAUUUAUCAAGGAAUUUUUGUAUGUACAUUCUCCAGUAGAGGCUACCAUGUGCAGAGAAUUAGUUCUUGAUGUGCCUGGCCAAGCAGGUUGGUCCUCAUUUUAGUAUGUAUUCGUUUUCAGUCUGUUUAACCAGGGAGUUUAACCACUAACAUUGUGAUGUUGUUUGUGUAAUGGGAACCAAGGUGUUAUGAAGCCAAUGGACACACAGAAGCAAUUGUCGUAGGCUGAUGCCUUAUCAGAUUCUUUUUAUUUGCUAUUUGAGCCAUUGACUAUGAAUAAAACUUUCUUUUUUAAAAAA